AUGUCCCGGGCAGCGGCUAUCGCCAGCUCCCUGAUCCGCCAGAAGCGGCAGGCACGGGAGCGGGAGAAGGCGAAUGCUUGCCGCGGCAGCGGCAGCCCGAGCAACAGCAAAGGCGCAAACGAGAAGCCGAGCAAGCUGAAUGUGUUCUCGCGUGUCAAAUUGUUUGGAUCGAGGAAGAAACGGAAGAGAAGGCGACCACCAGAGCCCCAGCUAAAGGGCAUUGUGACCAGGCUUUCCAGUCGCCAGGGCUUCCAGCUGCAGAUGCAGCCAGAUGGCACCAUUGAUGGAACCAAGGAUGAAGACAGCACCUACGCUGUGUUCAACCUGAUCCCAGUGGGGCUUCGUGUGGUGGCCAUCCAGGGCGUCCAGACCAAACUCUAUCUGGCAAUGAACAACGAAGGCUUUCUCUACACCUCUGAACAUUUUACCCCAGAGUGUAAGUUCAAGGAGUCGGUGUUUGAGAACUACUACGUCACCUAUUCCUCCAUGCUGUACCGCCAGCAGGCCUCAGGUCGGGCGUGGUACCUGGGACUCAACAAGGAGGGUGGCAUCAUGAAGGGCAACCACGUCAAGAAGAACAAGGCUGCCGCACACUUCAUACCGAAACCGCUCAAAGUGGCCAUGUAUAGGGAGCCGUCCCUCCAUGACCUGACAGAGCUCUCGCGGUCAGGUAGCGGCACGCCGACCAAGAGUCGCAGCGCUUCGGCCCUACUUAAUGGUGGAGGGAAGUCACCCAGCAACGAUGACUUAUCCUAG